AUGAAUUAUUUUUCACUUUUAUCGAUACUAUUUUUAUUGCAAACUAAGUUAAGAGCUAGUGUGAUAGAAUUUUGGGAAUAUCCUAUAAUAUUAACUUCUACAAAAUGUAAUUAGAGCAACGAAUUUCCUUUUGAAGGUUGCGUCAAUUUUCAUAGGGAAUGCACGGCACUUAUAAGUGGAGGUUGUACUUUUGUGAUGAACGAAUCAAGCCAAGUGUUAUCUUAUGAAAGAGAUUUGCUAGAUUCUGUCAUUAUCGAUUCAUUUGUCUAAUACUAAUAUGAAAUUUCUAGAAAAUCAUAAUUGGUGACCUCAAAUAAAAAUUAUUCAUCUAUUUGUGGGGAUAAUAUACUUUCCGGUGAUGAGGAAUGCGAAGACAAUAAUAAUUUCCCUUUUGAUGGAUGUUUUAAUUGCUAAUUUUAAUGCGAAGAAUAAUGUUUAAAAUGCGUCAAAGGAGUAUGUCUUUAGAAAGAUAUAUAAGUAUACGAUGAUAUCCCCCUUAUUCAACAAAUCAUUACAAAGGCUAGUUUUGAAGUAUCAUAUAAUUCUCACUUAUUCGAAAAAGAUGAAAUUUCAUGUAUAUUUAAAUGUAGAAUUUGCAUUGAGAAUUAAUGUAUUUUAUGUGAGGAUGGUUAUUAUUUGAAUGACGUAACAAGAUUAUGUGAAACAAUUUGUGGAGAUUAUAUUCUUUAAGGACUAGAGGAAUGUGAUGACGGUAAUUAAGAGAAUUAUGAUGGAUGUUCAGAAUGUAAGUUGAUCAAAUAUGAUGAAUGCAAUCAUGAUGAGUACUAGUUUUGCUCGUUCUGCCAUUAUGGAUAAUGCCUAAAGUGCAUAAGCGGUUACGUUUUACAAGAUUCAAUAUGCUAAACAUAAUGUGGAGAUGGAUUAGUAAAUCCUGCUGAGAAUGAAGAAUGUGAUAAUCCUAACGAUAAAGGGUGCAUCAACUGUUAGAUAGUUCCUGGUUAUCUUUGUUAUGGGCCUACUUUUUCUCUUUGUUAAACAUGUGACUAAAAUUGUGUAUAAUGUUCAAGCAAAAAUAAUAAACUGGUUUGUGAAAAAUGCAAGGAGGGAUACUAUUCUGUUGGCAAAAACUGUGAGUUAUGCGAUUCUAAUUGCAUAACUUGUUAGGAAUCUUCGUUUCGUUGUACAUCCUGUUAUAGAAAUGAUUGCGACUUUUGUGAAUCUUAUGCAGGAUUGUACACUGACACAGAAGUUAAGGCCUGCGUAUCCAGAUGUGGUGAUGGGAUAUUAGUUGCUACCUCAGAGCAAUGUGAUGAUGGGAAUGAAGAGGAUGAGGACGGAUGUGAUUCUGCUUGCCACUUAGAAGGAUAAGUUAUUGAUUAUUCAAAUUUUAAGCAAAUCAAAUCUUCUGGGUUUCAUUCAUUUGAUUUUCAGAUGGAGAGUGAAAAUCGAAGGUUCUCUUUAGAUUGUGAAGAUGUUGUGGUUAAAAUUGAUUCUUAUGAUGCUAGUUAAUUCGAAUUUACUACAACAACUAAUUAAGAUAAUUGCAGAAUUCAAUUUAAAUUCUAUCAAUCCAUAUAUAAAUACAAUAAGAUUCAUGUUUAAUUCACCUUUUAAGAAGCUAAGGCAAGGUUGUUAAACCCAUCAGAAAAUAUAAUUUCAUUUGAAAUCGAACCAGAAGAACUAAUCAUCAACAAUGAUAAUCAAUAAAAUUAAGCUGAUUCAAUAUCAUCUGCUCAAUAAUCAUUCGGUUUGAUAUUCUUAAUUUUGAUUCCCAUUUCCAUUAUUACAAACUUAUUCGAUUAUUUAUGGGCAGUUUUAGAAAUUUUAAGUUGGAUUAAUAACUUUUAUUUCUUGAAUGUUCAUUAUCCAUUUAAUGUAGAAGUAUUCUUCUUGAAUUCAGAUUGGACUUCCAUAAUUAACUUUCCAACCUAUCAAGACCUAAAUUAACCUGGUUGCAAUUAUUAUUUCCAAGCCCCCUAAAGAUUUGAGAGCAAAGGCAUUAACCCUUUAUUUUUAAAUAAUGCUUAGAUACCUUUCAUGUUCAUAUUUUCAGCCAUUGCAAUUUAUGUAAUGAUGAAAUCACUUUUUCUAUUAUUGUUUUUUAUAAAAUCAAAAUUGAAUGAAAAAAACAACAUAAAAGAAAAACGCUUUAGUAUAUUUAAUUUGGAAGGUAAAAACCAUAUUGAAAAAUAGAAGACUUAAUUAAAUGGAUUGAAAAUGAAAAAUAAAGAGUAAAAAUUUUUAGAUACUUUGAUAAUCCAAUGCAAUUCAAUUUAAAAAGAGCUUAGAAAAAAAGUAAAAUAAACUAUUUCAUUAUGUCUCCUAGAUAUAACUCUAGCAAUUAUGUUAUAAAUAAAUUAUGCUGAAAACUUAUAUCAUAUCAUAGUUGGCAUUAAUUAGCUGCUCGCAGUGGUUUCUAUUAGUCUUAUUCUAUUCCACUUGCAUUAGUCUUAUAAAACAAUAAAUAUUCACAAAUUAUUAUCAGAGAAUAAAUAGUUCAAAGAAAAGUAUGAAAUAUACUAUGAAAAUGUUAAUACUGAUUCUGCCUUUGGAGCUAAAUACAAGUUUUUUGGAUUGUUAAGAAAAAUAUUCUAUAUAUUCUUUACAGUAUACUUUUAUAAUUAACCACUAUUGCAAACUUUGUUUUGUUUUGUUGCAAGUAAUUUUGGACUUGCUUUGAUUUUAUAUGAGAAUCCUUACAAAACUAAAGCGUAAUUUACAUUUUAAUUUAUCUCGGAUCUCAGCUUAAGUUCAAUAUUGCUUAUAAUUGUACUAUUCGCUUUUAAUGAUUAAACCCAGAUCGAGUAUAUUGAAACCCAUAAAGUAACUUUUGGAUGGAUCAUCAUAGCAUUUGUAAUAUUAACAUUAUUUGUUGAAAUAAGCGUACUAUUUUACUAAUUAGUGAUAUCGUUCUAUUCAAUUUUUAAAUUAUUGAGAGGAUGCAUUCUUAAAUUGUCUAAGAAAAAAGAAGAAACCGAUCCAAGUGUUAUAGAUAAAGAAAGUUAGGAGGAAAAUUAGAAUUCGCAUUAAUAAAAUAGGAGUGAGCCAGUUGGGCUUUAAUUAGAGUUUUAAUAGAAGUAGAUGUCAACUAGCUAAAUAAGCUAAGCUAUUCAAGUUCCCUUAAACAUAUGA